AUGUUAAUGGCAUUAAACGUCCCGGUACUUACUAUCGUACUACUGCUCAUCACAUCCGAAGCUAGCGCUCAAGAUUAUGUGGAAGAAGAACUGUGCGAUAUUGAGACCAAGUCUCCUUGUUCUGCCAAAGAACAUGAGGAAUGUCGACCUCAGAAUGCAUCAGACAAGAUAGGUGUAUGUAAGUGUAUUUCUGGAUUCGCUCGUGCUUUCAAUGGUGCUCCUUGUCUUCCUUUGAAUACAUCUUCGAGUGAAACAACAAACAGCACAUCAAAUGGGACAAAAGGAGUUUCCAAGAUGGUCCCUUCGGUGGUUCAGUUGCCGGUAGAUUCGGCUCAGGUUAAAGUAAAGUUUCCUGAUAAAGAGCAAGGAAAAGGCGACACUUUUUCUUAUUUAUGGGAGUUGUUGCAAGGUACUGGUUUGGCUUUCGCUUCAUCUUAUAAGCGUCCAAUAUUGGAAUUAUCCCAGCUGAAAGAAGGAAAACUUCUUUUCCGAGUGACGGUGUCGAAUUCAACGCACACUGGACAAAAGCAAUAUACUUUGACAGUCGAAGCUCCUAAAGCGCCGAAUAAACCGCCACGAGCUAUUAUCCGUCCAGAGUCACCGGUGCAUGGUGUGGAAGGCUCGAGACUAACACUAGAUGCUGAAGGAAGUGUUGAUGACGACAAAAUUGUUGCUUUUAAAUGGACGCAGGAUAAGGGACCCAGUAUCCCACUAGGGGCCAUGAACACACCGAUUCUCACCUUGGACAACAUGGUUGCAGGGAGCUACGUGUUCAGUGGCGGUCUCACAUCGUCGGCAUCGACUCGAGUCGAAAUUGAAGCGGAGCGUGAUGAUCCGCCAAAAGCCCACAUCAAUGAAUGCGGCAGUAAAGAACAUACUGGAUCGCUCACUGUGCGUCUUCCGCUGCCUGAACUCAAUCUGUGUGGCAACAGUUCAAUCGACGAUAAGGGCAUAGUCUCCUACAACUGGUUCCGAGUUGAUAAGUUAUCUGAAAAGCUCUCCGUUGACACGGCUGGCUCAACCACAAGCAUCCUCACAUUGAAAAAAUAUCCAAGCGAAUAUGAGCGAUUGGGUCCAUACGAGUUCCAGCUGGAUGUAACGGAUACUAAAGGACAGAAGGAUUCUACCCGAAUAAGUAUCUUUGUGAACAAAGCUGAAAACUUUGCUCCAGUCGCUGAUGCGGGUGGAAAUCACACAGUCAUUCUUCCUGAAAAUGCUAUUGUGCUUGAUGGAAAUGCCAAGGACGACGGAACGGCCCAUCUCGUGCAUCACUUAGUGAAUGCUGAUAAAGCGAAAGCUACUGCAUCCCGUCUUCAAGAAGGAGUAUAUCGAUUCUUGUUGACAGUGGUUGAUGAUGGUGGGCUUAACGGUACCGCAUCCGCAUACAUUACUGUGGAACGAACCGCUGUUGCUCGUGUCGCCAACGUCACGCGAUGUCAUCUUCGACUUCAGAUUGCUCUCGAUGGGACGGAGAACACCCAGAUUAUGUUCAUAACUGGCCUCGUAAAGGGCACGCAUGUUUACAAUCUGACUGUUGCCGAUCAGCAGAAAGCAAGGAACUCCAUACUUGUCUAUCUGACAGUUAUCGAAGGUGAGGAAGAGCUGGAAUCUGUGGAAAUCCUGUUGAAAAAGAGCAUAGAAGAGUGGACAUAUCGCCUUCGGCGAAAACUCGCGGACGAGGAAGCGCAGAAAGUGACUCGGUGGUUGUACACUUCACUCGAUUUGAAAAAAUGCCGCUGGAUGGCCGGUUACGAGCAGUGUUUUGGGCUAAAAGUCAUUCGAAGCAAGAUUGCAAGCUUAACUGCUCCGGGCAUGGCAAAUGCAACGACGCGACCAAGCAGUGCGAGUGUGAUAACUUUUGGAUGGGAAACGUGUUCGCAUAUGCUUUUUGCAGGCUCAGAAAUGAGGGACUGUGAAGAAGAUCAGCCGUAUGGAAGUCGAGUUAGCAGGAGGCGAUUCAGAAAGCGGAAAAGGUAUAACCCACUUCGAAGCGAAUCUGAAGACGUGGAGAAGGAAGCCUAUCGCAUGAGUAAUGCGGUCCACGGUUAG